AUGAGAGUGAAUCUAAAGAGACCAUUACAAUGGGUACAAUGGGCCAGUUACGGCCUCGUUCUUUUUACAGUCCAUGUUUGCGUGGUACUUCCUUUAGCCACUUUGUUGUUUCAUGACUUUUACAAAAGGUUGAUCCCAAAUGAUUCAAUGCUGCAUAUCCCACUCUCCAAACUCUACAAAACCAAUCAUGGCUCACUCUGCUUGGAAAUAGAUAGAAUGGGCGAGGGAGACCUGCCCGUUGUGGCUAAUGAUGGGUUGACAAACCAGCGCACAUUUCUGCAUGGGGGAACUACGUACAAUCUAGACUUCAAGAUCAAGUUCUAUUGCCUUACCACGAAGGAGCAAGUGUUGCACACCGUUUUUGUAGAAUUGGAGAGUAACCAUGUUAAGAUGUUUAUGAGGGAAAUACCCGUUGUUUGCGCUAGGGGAGACGCCUUUGUCGAAACUCUGCUAUCUUCAAGCAGAGACACGGCACUGAGGGACAAGUACGCCACCCAAUGGGUUAACGAAUUAGACGUCGAGGACGCUGUGGUCAUACCUCCGCAAACGCACAAUUUCUUUCUCUCGCUCAAGAGUAGCUCUGAGCUGAUCUUCGACCCCGACUCAAGAAUCCAAUUGAGAGCUACGUUCAAACAAGGUUUGAGAAAUUUCAUGCUGAAAAGAUGGAUCAUCACGUACCUGGUGGGGAUCACAUUGUUCCAACUGGGGAUCCUACUGGUGUUUACAGUUGUAUCCGUCGCUACAUUCAUCGCGGUUUUGAAGAAUACCAACCAUCGCUCCCCAAAGCGAGCUUAA